CAAAAAAGACUGUCUGCUUAAAAAAUUACUUUUCAAACGCCCGUUUAAUGACAGCUACCCAAUAUUCAGCACGAAGGUGAUUUGUCCAGUGCAAGUGUUAAGUUGCAAUGGUGUCUAUUCCACGAAUUUUCGCAAUGCCCAAUUCGAACUACGAAGCCAUAAAGGAUUAUAUUUGUUUGGUCUUCUUCGGGAACAGUGGUUUUGGCUUUAUCAAGUGUUAGCUGAGGAGAUCGGCGAUGACUCUGGUAUGGUGGAUGGCUUGCAGCAGUUUUUCUUAAAUGAAAAACAUGUCAGAUGUCUGAAGACAUUGCCAACAUUAACAAAAGAAUCUCAUAUACAGGCUGUCCUGGCAGUACAUUUGUUUAGACCCCUUGCUGCUAGAUCAUCCUACAUAAUGAACAGGAAUAACUUUGAACAAGGUUUAAGAAAUUGUCCUGGAUGUGAUGAAAAGGUCAUUUUAGGAAACACAUCAUUUGGCCAUCAAGAUGUGUGGCAUGGCUAUACAGACAUUAUCGUAGGCAAGAGUGCUGUAGAAAUUAUACGGUCAUCCUUAUGUCAAGAUUAUAGCCCUGAUAAAAACCUCAGUGAUUCCGGAGAUGAAUGCAUUGACCAAGUUGAGAACAACGAGCAUGUCAAGAAAAAAGGAGAGUUAAUAGUAUAGAUACAGAUGGAGAAGGAAGUGUCAAUAGCCUGUCAUCUUGUGUUGAGUUAGACCCUGCGUUUAUGUCAAGAAUUAACAGCAGGGGUAUAGUUGAAGAAAAGCAAAUGCAGUUAUUACA